UCCAUUGGCUGGCGGCCGGUUUGGGGCGGGGCCAGGGCCGCGGUGACGUCAGCGCUCGCGGUGCUUGCGGCCAGUUUGAAUCGGGGACGGAAAGCGACCCGGAGAGAGUUGUUGCGAGUGGGGCUGCGGCGAGAGAAGCUACCGAGAACGAAACGCAAAGCGGAGCGCCAGCUGUAAGCGGAGCCACCAUGAGCAGAGCCGCCAAAAGGCAGAGCGAGGUGCUGGCGGCUGAAGUCGUGGCGGUCCUGACCGAAGGCAUGGCGACGCUGCGGGCCAUCUGGGAGGAGAUCGGAAUCCCGGAAGGGCAGUGCCUGGAGCGUACCCGUGUGGCCAAAAAGUACAUCAAGGAGCUUCUGGAUGAUAUGGUGGCAGAGGAGGAGAACCUGAAGGAGUGUCUUCUGAAGAGAAUUGAGCUGUGUCAGGAGAAGCUUCGUCGCCUCUGUGAGGACCUGAAGCUGGAGCCCUUUGAGACAGAGGAAGAAGGCACCAUUCUGGAGAGAGAGAAGAGCUUGAGGACACGCAUGGAAGUGCUGGUGAAGCAGAGGUGGGACAGGAAGCAGGAGCUGAAGAACCUGCAAGAGCAGGAGCAGGACCUGUGUGACAUCCUCUGCACCACUCCGUUUUCCAUUGACGCCAAGGCUGUGCCCAGUCUGGAGGAGCUUGAUUGCUAUCGGCGUCACUUGGCCUCUCUGGCUGCUGAGAAAGAGCAAAGGCAGGAAGAAUUUGUCAACAGCAGGCGGCAAAUCAUCCUUCUGAUGGAGGAGCUAGACCACACUCCAGACACCACCUUGGAGCGGGAUGUGGUGGAUGAGGAUGCAGAAACCUUUUGCUUGUCCACAGACAACCUCACUGCCCUCCAGGAGCUGCUGUGUCAGCUGGAAGCUCGUCGGGCCCAGAACGAAGCUGUGUGCACAGAGCUGCGCUCCAGGAUCAUGCAGCUUUGGGAGUGGCUGCAGGUGCCCAUGGAGGAGAGAGAACAUUCUGCAGUGCACGUGCCUGGGUGCAGAGCCAGAACCAGGAAUGCUCUGCAGCUGGAAGUGGAGCGCCUGGAGGAGCUGAAGCUGCAGCACAUGAAGGCUGUGAUUCAGGCGACCCGGGCAGAGCUGGCUGACUACUGGGAAAGGUGUUUCUACAGCCAGGAGCAAAAGGAGGCCUUCAGCCCCUACUACGAUGAGAGCUAUACAGAGACCCUGCUUGAGCUCCACGAUGCUGAGGUGGUGAAGAUGAAGAGCUAUUAUGAAUCACACAAAGACCUGUUUGAGGCUGUGCAGAAAUGGGAGCAGAACUGGAAGCUGUUCCUGGAAUUGGAGAGGAAGGCAACUGACCCCAGCCGCUUCACCAACCGUGGGGGCAACCUGCUGAAGGAGGAGAAGCAGCGAGCGAAGCUGCAGAAGGCACUUUCAAAGCUGGAGGAGGAGAUGGAGAACAAGAUCCAGGCUUGGCAACAGGAGCAUCAGGCAGUUUUCCUGGUGAAGGGGCAGCAGUUCCUGGAGCAUGUGAAAGAGCAGUGGCAGCUGUACCACCUGGAGAAAGAGAAGGAGAAGCAGGAGAGGCAGCUGAAGAGAAGCCGCGAGAUUGAGGCAGAGAUGUUGUACGGCAGCACCCCACGGACACCCAGCAAGCGCCAGAUUCUUGCUCCCCACACACCCGGCAAAAUAAGGAAGCUCAAUGGCACCACCGCCUGCACACCCAACAGCACCGUUCGCUCUGUUCUGGGGCAAACCAGCUGCCGCUCGCCUCUGCCACGGCUGCCGCCUUCUGGAGGGAAGCUCAGGCCAGCUCGGACCCCUGGCCACGUGACCCCGAAGACCCCUCGGGCUGGAUACAGGGAGCAGAACAAGGAGAAUGUGGCCCAGCAGCACGGAACCACCCUGAGCGGUGAAUGCACUCCCAGAGCCCCUGCCCAGCAGAGCCUCAGUGUUAAUUCUGUUCCCAGCACCUAUUCUGUGUUUGCGCGUGACCUUUCAAAGGCAUCAAGGUCCGACAGCAUUCUGAACUCCACUGCCACCACCCCCUCCUGCCGCGGCGCCGCUGCCUCCAGCUGCCUGUAGCCACCGGGAGGCGCUGUGCGGGCAGAGCUCAGGCAGCUACUGCAACUCCGCCGGCCCUCAGGGCACUGGGCUCACCCUGGCUGCAGGCUGGGCACGGUGCUAAGGGGCCCUCGCAGCAGUUGUAGGGCUGGGGCUCCCUGUGGGAUUUCAGGGGCAGGGCCCUUCACGCAUGGCAAGCAAGAGCUGUAUUAUAUAAAUUAGAUGUUGUAUAGAAUAAAUGUUUUAGAAAAAUAGUUUAAUAAAGGUUGCAGUCAGUG